AAGACGCUCUGACGCUAAAAAUCCCCUUGAUCUUGACACACGAAACAAGAGUCGCUCUCUUUCCGCCCGGAUCAGCAGAUACUGCGAGGUGGCAAAAUGCAGAUCUUUGUGAAAACUUUGACUGGUAAGACCAUCACCCUCGAGGUCGAGCCCAGCGACACCAUCGAGAAUGUCAAGGCUAAAAUUCAGGAUAAGGAAGGCAUCCCACCUGACCAGCAGCGUCUGAUUUUUGCUGGUAAACAGUUGGAAGAUGGUCGCACACUCUCAGACUACAACAUUCAGAAAGAGUCCACCCUCCACCUGGUGCUGCGUCUUAGAGGAGGCAUCAUUGAGCCUUCCCUGAGACAACUGGCUCAGAAAUACAACUGCGAGAAGAUGAUCUGCCGCAAGUGUUAUGCCCGUCUGCACCCACGUGCCGUAAACUGCCGCAAGAAGAAGUGUGGCCACACCAACAACCUGCGUCCCAAGAAGAAGCUGAAGUAGACUGUAUAUCUGAUGCGUUUCAGGAGCAGCAUGAGCUUUUUUGUUCGAAUAAAAUGUUGUUAAAACCA